AUGUCCGAAGAGCUCCGAGAUGACUGCGCCGAACCCAAGCGGAGAAAGGUCCGUAAAGGCACCCAAAGCUGCUGGGAGUGCAAGCGAAGGAAAGUCCGAUGCAAUAUUGCUUCACGCGAAAACGCCAUCUGCAGUAACUGUCGACGACGGGGAACUGCCUGUAUUAGCCAGGAGCUUCCAGAUACACCGGUGCCACCCGUUGACAACCAGGUAUACUCACGGCUUGGUCGGGUGGAAGAACUUAUCGAAUUAUUAGCCCAAAAUGCUGGCACAAACACCGCUCAGAAAAACUCCACGGAUGGCAAUCCGACCCAUCAGAAUUUUGUAGCGCAAGGGAAUGAAGAAAGGUUCCAGCGAAAGACAGUACCGCCAACAGUAAUUGCCCCAGUAGGUUUCUUUCGUCGGUCUCUCGUUGAAUUAAGCACUGAUACUUUGAAGAGUCCUCAAGAAAGGACAUAUGGCCACAAAGAACCUCCCUUGGCUGCCCCUCGAAUUUGGGACAGACGACUCGCAGGCAAAUAUGAGGCAGUUAAUCGGGAUCUCAUCGCGGCAUGGCCUAGCCAAGACGAUCUUGAAGUCAUCUGCACCCUUCCAGGCGGCCCCACAAUGCGUUUAAAUGGGGACAUACUCACCCAAUGCCCCAGUAUACCGGGCCGCAAAAUUUCGCCUAAAGAGAUGUUACAACUGCCUCCACCAGGCUGUCAUCCGAUCCUGAUCGCGCGCAAGCUUCUCAUGCUUGGAACAUUCCUCCGUGGUGUUCCCCCGUCUAAGAUGCAAGAGCUGGGAAGCAUCGGUACCCUCUAUACUGGUAUCAUGUUUCGAGCAAUUGAUACGGCCAUCAGACUUGUGACUACCAAUGACGAGCUCAUUUGCUCCGUCGAGGGAGUAGAGUGCAUAAUGAUGGAGGCUUUAUACCAAAACCACUCCGGAAAUCUCCAUCGAUCAUGGAUGGCUGUGCAUCGAGCCACUGCAGUUGCACAAAUGAUGGCGAUACAUCGCGGUCUCGAGUCACCGUCACUGAAAUUUGUCGAGCCUACCACCAAAGAAAAUUUCAACGAAGACCAAAUAUGCUUUCGAUUAGUACAGAUGGAUCGGUACCUCUCGCUUAUGCUCGGUCUGCCUCCAACAUCUCUUGAAGUCACUUUUGCUACACCCAAGGCCCUGGAGGGAUGCAAACCCAUGGAACGCCUGGAACGCAUCCACUGCAUCGUUGCUGAACACAUUUUGCGGCGGACCGAGGCUGAUCUGAACGACCUCGCCAAAACCCACGAAGACGACAAGCUCUUGCAAGAGAUUGCCGCUGACAUGCCCGCCCAGUGGUGGUUAACACCUAGCUUCAUACCUAGCAUUGAAGAUCCCGAGCUGCUGGAUGAUACAGUUCGCCUCAUGAACCAAUUCUCUCAUUUCCACCUGUUGAUCCGACUACAUCUGCCCUAUAUGCUCCGCGUCUCGCCCGAAAACAGAUAUGAUCACAGCAAAAUUACAGCUAUCACCGCCAGUCGAGACAUUCUAUCGCGAUACCUAGCCUUCCGCACUUCAAGCCCUGUCUACUUCUACUGCCGCGGCGACGAAUGUCUUUCUUGCAUUGCCGUCAUUGUAUUGUGCAUCGCGCACAUGAACUCUCGUAGACAGUGUCCGCAGCUCUUUAAGGCUGACGGAGAUGACACUGUCUUCAACUUUCUCGCGCACAGUCGCCCUAGUGACCGCGCCAUGAUGGAGCGCACGUUUGAAAUCAUGAAUUCUACUUCCAGCCGUAAUCAUGAUGGCAUCACCUCUAAGCUUGCCCAGAUCAUUCACCACCUGCUUAUCAUUGAGAAGAGUGCUGCCAGUGGCAACUUAUACAGUACAAGCUCCUCUAAGGGUGAUCUGGGGGAGCUUGAAUUCUUCGGCACAUUGGCGGACGAGGGCAAGGCCUUACAUAUCCAUAUCCCUUACUUUGGCAAAAUCAAUUUCGAACGCCGUACCCUCCCACGAGAUUCCACGGCUGUAUCAUUCCCCGAGCAUAUUGGGCAAAGCCAUAGAUCACCGGUAGGCCCAAAUGGCCCGUCCGCACUUCGAAAUCCGGAUCAGUUCGGCUUUGCCAAUCCACUCUCAGGGAUAUCGCAAUACGAACAGCUGCAGCCCCCUGAACCAAAUAAAGGGCUCGAGGAUAACCGCGAUAUUUCACACGAGCAAAUGCAUACCACGAUGGAUCCUGGGGUUGAUGAUUGGAAUCUACAGGGCAUCGAUUUAGCCCUCUUUGAUAGCCUUUUCCAUGGCACAAAUAUUUUCAACCUAGACGAACAGACAUGGUAA